AUGCCGACGACAACCGCCGAAACGCUGUCGAUUGUGACGCGGAAUGUCACUGUUGCGCCACUGGUGCUGCUCUCGGCGGUGGACCACUUCAACCGCAGUGCGGCGACCAAGACACGAAACAAGCGGGUGGUGGGCGUGUUGCUAGGGCAGAACGAUGGAAAGAUUGUGCGGGUAUCGAACAGCUUUGCAGUGCCGUUUGAGGAGGACGAGAGGGACCCAUCGGUGUGGUACCUGGACCACAACUACAUUGAGGCGAUGAACGACAUGUUCAAGAAGAUCAAUGCGCGCGAGAAGCUGAUAGGGUGGUACCACUCGGGACCGAAGCUGCGGGCAUCGGACCUGGAGAUCAACGAGCUGUUCAAGCGGUACACGCCGCACCCGCUGCUGGUGAUUAUUGACGUCCAGCCGAAGGAGUCGGGCGUGCCGACAGACGCAUACUUUGCCGUGGAGGAGAUCAAGGAUACGCAGGACGGCACGACGACAUCCAAGACGUUUGUGCACACGCCGUCGAUCAUCGAGGCGGAGGAGGCGGAGGAGAUUGGAGUGGAGCACCUGCUGCGCGACAUCCGCGACGUGGCCGUGGGCACGCUGUCGACGCGGGUAACCAACCAGCUGCAGUCGCUGCAGGGCCUGCAUCACCGGCUGGGCGACAUCCAGGCGUACCUGACGAAGGUGCUGGACGGCCAGCUGCCGGUCAACCACGCGAUCCUGGGCAACCUGCAGGACGUCUUCAACCUGCUGCCGAACCUGUCGACGCCGACGAGCGGGGCAGCCGGCCAGACGGGCCAGCCAGCGUCAGGGCAGAACGGCACGUCGGCGCCGCCGGUCAAGGGUGAUGGCGACCUGGCGUACGCGAUGAGCGUCAAAACCAACGACCAGCUGAUGGCCAUCUAUCUCAGCAGUCUGAUCCGGGCAAUCACUGCCUUCCACGACCUCAUCGAGAAUAAGAUCCAGAACCGACAGCAGCAGGAGGAGAAGGACGCGGCCAAGAAGGACGGCGAGAACGGCUCGGCAGUAACGUCAGCAGCAGGCGGCGGCAAGGACAAGGACGGCGCAGAGAAGAAGGACGGUGGCGACGCCAGCAGCGACAAGAAAGACGGCGGCGAUAAGGCGCCGAACGGGACGGCCAAGGAGAAGAAGUGA